CAAAAUAUGACAAACAGCUGUCAACAAAUGUAAGUGCCAAAAGUUUUUCAAUUGAUAAGAACAGUCUUCAGUAUUUCAAUAAUUGUAUUUUUAGGCAUUUAAAUUUGUCUUAAAUUAUGCUGGCGGACGUGGACGUGUUUAUAUCCAAUUUCACACUGGUGGAUCCAGAAAUAUAUCAAUUAUGGAUAGAAGGCUUUUCGUCUAGCGAGGCCGUCUGCUACUUGAAACAGAAGGGUUUUGGCAGCAUGUUUGGCGCACCAAUUGAUCUUAUCGCCUCUGAUGUGUUGGAUCACUAUCGCACUUACUCGCUAAUAGAGCGUCUACUGCAUGCACCAACUAAAUUGUUGGAGCAGUCAUGUUUUCAGCUGGAGCCACAAACGCGUGAUUUGAUUAUUGAGAAGUAUUACUCCAUUGAUGACGCAGUUGCGCGUGAAAUUCUCGGCAAAAAAUUGUCUAGUCGCUAUAGAAAAGAUUUGGAUGAAGUGUCGGAAAAGACAUGCGUCAAAUUGAAGUCAUGCAGACGUCAAUUCGAUAAUGUUAAACGCAUUUUUAAAGCUGUGGAAGAAUUACCAGGCAACAUCACCAACAAUAUUAAGCAACUAUUUUCUGUGUCAGAUGAGUUGGCGAAAAAAUAUGCUUCAAUUGUUUUUCUUGCUUGCCUACGUUUUGAAACUUCCAAAAAGAAGUUGCAAUACUUAACCUUCUCCGACUUGUUUGCUUGCUCACAAGCUAUUAUGAUUUACUGGACCUAUACGUAUCAGCAUUCAGGUCCUGAAUAUUACGACACUGAAAUGGACAAGGAGUUUCUGCUUGAUUUGCGUGAGCUGCGUUGUUUGCUCGACAAGGAGAAGGAAAUUAAACAUCUUGUCUGUCUGCGUUUGAAGCCAGUGCUGUUGGAGCGUGCCUACUUUGAGCUGGACACGAAUUUUCGCUCCUACUGGCGUGCAUUUAUUACCAUCGCUUGUAAUUUGCAUCGAAAUCGAGAGUUGCGUGACUUGUUUUUGGACUUGUGCGAGAAGUUGAUAGAGCCAUGGCGUCAAAAUGGCUGGAGUAGAGAACAAGUAAAUAAAUUUUUGUCGGCCAUAACACAAAGCGUGCUGGAUUUGGAAAUUUCACGCGACCAAGAAACGCGUUGUCUAUGGGAUCGUUAUAUGCAGGUCAUAAGCAUUUGUUUGGAUCGCAUGUAUCAUAUUUAAGCAAAAUAGUACACAUCAUUUGUAUGUUAUUUAAAAAAUAUGUUGUCCCUCUAGUGUUUAGUGACAAAAGUUCGUUUGCUCAAAGUAUAUGAAUUGAGCUAAAAGUGCAAUUUACUCGUUUAAAAAAAAAUUAAAAGCGCAGCAUCAUGACAUUUAUAAAA